AUGAAUAGGAAACCAUUGAAUUAUGACUGUUUCGAAGUUGUUUUACAAUAUUUUGAAGCUAAUGAUAGAAUUAAUCUGUCAACCCAUUGUCCAGCAAUCCGAAAUGCAUAUAAACGUUGUCCACUGAAAAUCGAGAAAUUAAAACUGAAUCCCUAUUCAAUUGAAAUAAAUGACACCGAGUAUCGAUUAGGAGUAAUUCAUCAUUUCCCGAAUGGAAAUACUCCGAAAUGUUACGAAAGAGAUAACAAUGAGGGAGGUGUUCAAUUAACAAUCGAUCGAUAUGGAGUGACUGAUAAACUAUCGGAAAACACUUUGACUCCAGGAGAUAUCAACUUGCAUUUAGUACCGAAUCGACCUCUAAUUGAAUAUGAAAGUCAUGAGAUUCUUCAGUUUGUUCUAUCAGAAUUUGAGCUGAAUGAUCCCACACGUGACAGAUCUCAAGAUAAUCCACGUUCGAGAUGUUACGAGCACGAGCAGAGAGAACUACGUAUUCAUAAUUCUAAGGACCGUCCAGAUGCUUUGAAAGAUUUGAAAUUGAGUGAGUAUGUAUGGUUUGAUGAAAUUAUCGAUUAUGUUAACUUGAAGUACAAGUGCUCAUCGAGUUUUAAUAUAUACAAUGUUCAUACAAAUCAGGAGAAAACUGGGCUGACCUACACUUGCGUCGGGAAACCAUCUUUAUCGAUUGCUCACUCUGAUAUGUCAAAAGAGAAAAGAGAGUAUUUGGUUGAUAAACUUCAUGCGUUGAUUCUUCCGUUGGAAACUAGAAGUUUAUUCAAUUGUUAUAUCCAAAUGACAAUCAGUUCUCCACGUGGAAUCACGAAAGAACGACUGAUUAUUGAUCGAAAACUACCGGAGGCGAUAAAGUAUUUAAUGAAGAAAAUAUUGGGAACACGACGAGAUUUCAUUCAUGUGAAGAAUCUGGAGAUCUAUGAUAAAGGAGGAAUUAUUCGAUUGGAAGAGAAUCUUCGAUUUAAAGUCAACAACUUCAGAUUUGGUUCAGGAAUAUCUAGAGUCAUGAAACAAGUUGAACAUAUCUUCCAUGAAUCCAGUUUCCCACUAAAAUCUAUUGAAAUAUUUGGAAGACGAAUAAUACAAACCGCCCGGAUUCCUCUGGUGACAACUGCCGAGAUGAUUCAUCUGACUGAUUGGUAUCAACGGCUUUAUUUUAUUGAAUUACUGGAAUUCAAAAAUAAAAUGAUUCGAAUGAAAUUUGGAUGUUUUUAUCUGAAACAAUAUCUGGAAUUGGUAGAAAAACUCGUGGAGAAUCCGAGAGAAAUUGGGACAUGCUUUUCGUUUGGGAUCAGAACAAAAUGGACUUCGAAAGAAAUAAUUGAAACAUUUAAAACAUUUAAAACGAGAGAUGAUGCAAGAUUCGGCAAUAUUGAAUGGAAAGGAUGCUCCUACUUCUCUAAUUGUUUUAAUUAUCCACUAACUAAUAGAUCAGAAUUAAACGUCUACGGUCAAGAAUCGACAGAUCCAAAGGUUUUAUGGGUUUUGAACUUCGAAGUGAUGCCAGUUGGCAGUGCGUUUUAUAUGGAUCGUUGA